AUGACGAAAAAGACUGAGUCAACUACACCUGAAAUGGCACCACCGCCAUAUAAUUAUGAUCAAGCGCAGGGCCACCAGCCUCCACCCCAUCAGUCUGGUUAUCCACCACCACAUCAGCAACAGUAUUAUCCACCACCACAUCAGCAACAGUAUUAUCCACCACCACAUCAACAACCGUAUUACCCACAGCCUCUGAUGCAGCAAAUGCAAUCAUCCCAUAAUGUGACAAUCGUCAACAACACACCUGGUACUAACACGGUCAUUGUGAAACAUGGUGUCAACCACUGCAUGCAUUGCUGCAUCUCCAUCUUUUUUCCUCCUUGGAUUUUUGUAUGGAUGAUACUG